AUGUAUCGCCACGACCCUAUUGUAUCUUCGUCACCACCCCCUGCCGAACCACACUCCACUCCGCACAGCGACGACGAGCAACAGGAUCCCUACGUCACUCAGCCUACUCAAAUUCUCGGCGAACGGUCACCAUUCUUUGCAGCGCCCUCUGAUGCCACACAACCCACGCAAAUCCUAACACCACGCGCAAACCGUGUCCAGACCGCAGCAUCGUCGCAAUUGCAGGUCCUCCGCUCGUCUCCUACCAUUCAACGAUACUCUUCGCCUGUAAUGUCGCCUACUCGCUCGCCCACUCGCUCGCAGCGGCCGUAUGGGGGCUACAGCAACCCAAUGGCGCCCCCUGGCACAAGCUUCUUUCCUCCACAGGCCGUCCGCAAGCCAGUCGUCGAUUUGACUUCGGACGACCCUCCAGUCGAGCGCGACCCUGACGAGGAUGAGUCUGAAUACAGGUCGAAUAUACCACUGUCGAAAAUCGAAAUGGCUUCGGUGGCAUCGAGGAUCGAGGAGACACCGCAAAAACCGUCGUGGGAUCUUUCGGGGUUCAAAUACAAUGGUGACCAGUCGCGAAAACGACCGUCUGAAGAGCCAGGUUCCAGCUCGCCUCCGAAGAGACAGAAGCCUUUGCCACGGCAAGGAGCCCCCUCGCGCGCCCUGCCGGUAGAUUUGACACGGGACUCUGACACGACCUUGGAAGACAUCACCGACUUUGCCAUACAACGCAGUGUAAAACGGUUGCAGGUCAUCUACCCCCAUCGGUCAGUCAAGCAGCUGCAUGAUGCUUUGGUAAAGAAGAAGGGUAAUUUCGAGGACGCAUGCUCGUACUUGGCAGACCAGGAGUCUGAAGAUGAGCUGCUUCGAUCUCCGCAGUUUGGAGUGGCCCAGUCGAAGUCGAAGCCAGUUGUGAAGAAAACGGCACAGCGUGGUUUGAAGCAGCCUGUCCAGUCGUUGCAGAACAAGUAUUCAAAGCUGGGUGCUACCCAAACCAGCCCCGUAGUAAUCGAUAGCCCAGAGAAGGAGGCACCGAAACGCAAAGGCAGACUGAUUAGCGGAAAGGAUCGCAAGCCGAAAAUGGAAUUUUCGCCCUCACCGGAGUCCAGUCCCCAACGGCCGCAGCGUGCAAAGAAGCAGGCGCCAAUCGUGGUCUCUUCCGACGAAGACGAGGGUAUCGACGCAGAUCUUGUGGUUGAUGACGAUUCGGAAGCAAGCGAAGUAUCAGAGAAAAAUUUCAGCGACGAUGCCCUGUUGAACUUUUUUAACACGUGCACUGUGGAGGCCAUGGUCGACUUAUCGGGCCACAAGGAAGAGGACAUCAAGGAGGUUUUCAAGAAACGUCCGUUUGCCUCACUCGAUGCUGUUCGAAACAUCCAUGUAGACCUCACUCCACCCGAGAAAGGCAAGAAGAAGGCUCGUAAGCCGCGCAUAACAACAGGUGCAAGGCUGGUGGAGUCUACCGAAGGCAUGUGGAAUGCAUAUUCGACCAUCGACUCGGUGGUUCAGCAAUGCGAAGCGCUUGGAAAGCCGAUGGUUGCAGGCAUGGCACGAUGGGGAAUCGACAUCUUUGGCGCGUCUACCGAAGAUGGGAUGGAUGUAACGACUCUUGACGACAGCGAUGCCAGUUCAUCACGGGAUUCAGGCUACCAUACACCCAGAAGUACCAGCGGCAGCGAUACAGAGUCCAAGAGCAUACGCAAAGCAGUCGGUCGCACAAAGCUGCUGAAACAACCAUCCAUCAUGAACGAUGAUAUUCAGCUCAAGGAUUACCAGGUUGUUGGUCUCAACUGGUUGAAUCUUCUCUGGAAAACAAAGACCUCUGGUAUUCUGGCCGAUGACAUGGGGCUGGGAAAGACUUGUCAGAUCAUCGCCUUCCUGUCACAUCUAAAAGAGGAGGGCAGCGGAAAGCCUGCGCUUAUCGUCGUGCCUGGAUCCACCCUGGAAAACUGGUGUCGUGAGUUUGAGCGCUUCUCGAGUUCAAUCAACUUCACCCCGUACUACGGGUCGCAGGCCGAGCGCUUCUCACACCAGGAGAGCAUCCACCAGAAUAUCCAACAGGGCACAUGUGAUGUGAUUAUCACCACAUACGACCUCACGUUCAGGAAAGAGGACUUUAUCUUCCUCAAGAAGUGCAGGCCUGAGAUUUGCAUCUUUGACGAGGGGCAUAUGCUAAAGAAUGCCAAUACGAUCCGGUACAAGAGCUUGAUGAAGAUUCCGACCAAAUGCAGAAUCUUGUUGACUGGUACGCCGCUGCAGAACAGUCUGCAGGAGCUCAUGUCGAUACUCGGGUUCUUGAUGCCACAGGUCUUUUACGGCGAUCAGCAGGAGGAGGUCCAGGAGAUGUUGCAGAUACUCUUCAAGCACAAGGCCAAGACCAUGGAGAGCGACUCGCACAGUUCAUUGUUGUCUGCCCAGCGCAUCCAGCGCGCUCGAACCAUGUUGACGCCUUUCAUCCUGCGACGAAAGAAGGCGCAAGUACUCAAGCAUCUGCCCAAAAAGACUUCUCGCGUCGAGUACUGUGAGCUCACAGAUACCCAGAAGACUCUGUACAACGAGCAGCUGGCAAAGCAACGCAAGAUUCUCGAGGAUAGAGCAGCAGGCAUUCUCGUCAAAGACCAUGCUAACGUAAUGAUGAAGCUUCGUCAAGCAGCCAUCCAUUCGCUUUUGUUUCGCCAUCGCUACAACAACGACACCAUUCGCAAAAUGUCCAAGGCUUGUCUCAAGGAAGAUAUGUUUGCCGAGAGCAACCCAGACAUUAUAUACGAAGAGCUGGAACUCUACCAAGAUUACCAGUGUCACCAACUUGCUACCAAGUACCGGGCCCUCAAGAAAUUCGAGCUCCAAAAUCAGGAGUGGAUGGAUUCAGGCAAGGUCACUGCGCUUCUUGCUCUCCUGAAAAAGUACAAGGAAAACGGAGAUCGGGCCCUGGUCUUCAGCCAGUUCACGUCGGUCAUGGAUAUUCUCGGCUGGGUCUUUGACGAUCACGACAUCAACUUUAUGCGUAUGGAUGGGUCGACGCCGAUCCAAGAACGCCAAUCCCUCAUGGACGUUUUCUACCAGGACGAAUCCAUCCAGCUCUUCAUGAUCAGCACUAAGAGCGGCGGCGCAGGCAUCAACCUCGCCUGUGCCAACAAAGUCAUCAUCUUCGACUCAAGCUUCAAUCCCCAAGACGAUAUUCAAGCCGAGAACCGUGCGCACCGCGUGGGUCAGACCAGAGAAGUCGAAGUCGUACGACUCGUCACCAAGGGCACCGUCGAAGAGCAGAUCUACGCGCUUGGCGUCAGCAAGCUCGAGCUAGACAAGAUGGUUCAGGGGGAAGAAGACGGCGGCGCAAAGACGAAGGGCAAAAAGAAAGAUGACGCGUCUGCGGCGGGCGCGCUGAGCAAAGCCGAAGAAGCGGGCAUGGCGGCUGUAGAGAAGAUGAUGUUGCAGCAGUUGCAGUCGCCGCCAGACAACAAGGGCAGCGCAGACGUCAAGGAUCAGUAUCUCGAUGGUUUGAAGAAGGCGGGGUUGGAUAUUGCUGCUUAGAGAUGAGGUUUGCACUGGUGCGGGACUAAGUAGCGAUUGUUUGAAGGGGUGUUUUUGUUUUCUCCACGGUAGGAUGAUUCUCUCGCACUAAUAUCUUUUGGAUAUCCAGCUUCAAGUUUUUUUUUUAGUUCUCUUUCUUUCUUUCUUGGGUUUCGGUGAUUUAGGUAUUUUGUUAUCUCACCUUUUCUUCUUCAUCCUCCUCCCCC